UCGAAAGUCAAAAGUGCAUAAAUGAUCUAGUGUUACCUUUCCUCCCUUCUGCCUUCUCCUUCUUCCAACUCUCAUCUCACCAUUCUAUCAUUCUAUUUCCUGUACAAACGCCCAGACAAUCAGCUUAUUUGCAACCCUCCGCCCUCGCACAUCCAACCUAUAUCUUUCUACUCGUUAUUCUCUCUCGUGAAAUGUACCUGCAUAUUUACUCGUGAAAUGUGUUCUGUGUUAACCUCAAGUUAAAACAUUGUGAUUUUCUUUUAAAGCGUUAUAUUUUUUCAGUAGGAAUAAUUCGUGCUCAAUUGGCCAUUGAAAAAUCAGUGUAAAAAUUGUUUUCCUGACAGAAAAUUCAUCAAUCUGAAGAUAUUAUACUGGAAUCUCAGUUUUCUCACUCUGAUGUGGAUGUUGUGUUAAUAAGUCACGUAAAAUUCAGUAGAAAAUUAGCUUGGUUCAGAGUAUUUUUAUAAGAAGUCAAAUCGUAAUAAAAAAUGGCUCAUGAUGAACAGCUACAACGGUACCGAGAUAAAAUACGCAAAAAUAACAUAGGUCUUUCAAUCCUACUUGGUAUAAUCAUUGUGAUAAACAUACUCGCAUUAUUACAUAAACAUGACAAGAUCACUCGAGUAGAUGGUGUACAGCUCGAGAUUUCGCAAAAGCCUGCAGAUUUGGAUAUUCAUAAACUGGCAAUAUUGUAUGAUAUUUAUGAUACGUCUCCAGGUCUUUUGAAUGAAACAUUCCUUGAGAAUCCAGACUUGGAAAAGAAACUCGAGGCCCAUUUCAUAAAAGAAGCAGUGGAUAGAUCGCUUCUAAUGCUACAAACAGCUUUAUCGACAUAUGCAGUCAUCGUACUUGAAAUGUCCAAUCAACCCAGCUCCAGAUGCGCGAAGACAGCAGUUUUUCAAGUGCUCGCUGUGUCACUUGGUUUCGAUUUUCCGCUCCUUAAUUACAUACCUUUCACUACAGUGCAUAACUUUUUUAAUGAUUCGUUACCCCGGUGGUCUGUCCUAUUUGUGGCUGCGUUAAAAAUCCUGGGUUCCAAAUGGAUAAAACGUUAUCUUGGAUGUUUAGAGAGAGCGCAAGUAGCUUUGCCAAGAGAGCAUAGAGAGCUAGCAGCGUCGGCAGGCUAGAGUACACAAAGAGCCUAGAGAACAAGCCGCUUUGGCCGCGUAGAUUUUUUUUUACUGGUGAAAAAAAUUCACUUGAAGGAAGAAAAAGGCAGAUAAGGUCAACAUUUUCAUGGAGCACAAAAAUUACAGAAAUUAAAUGUACUUCAGUAACAGCAGAAAGACAAAAAAAAUCGCUUACUUUAUUUUGAUAUUCUAAUGUGAAGCAUGAUUGUAAAAGUUGCAAUUGCAGGGAUUCCUAACAUUAUUAUUAUAAGGUUCAUAGAUUUAAUAUCCAAAGUGUUCCUUUUUUUUAUUACGUAGCUUCAAUUUUUUAAAUGAAAUUUGCCUCACGUGUGAGUCGUGUGUGCUUUUUUAAUUUAUGUUUGAUCGACUUCCCUGAUCCUGUAUCAUUUUUAUGUUUUUAUGCAUUAAACUAAGCGUUAUUUUUCA